UCUGUCAUCUCCAAUUGGCUUUUGCUUACAGCACCAUAUAUAUUGAUUUUCAUCUUUUCCAAUGUCAAUGCAGUUCGUCAUUACUAUAGGUGGAGUAAUUACGGAGGAGGGGCUCGUGGCUUAUCUGUAUGCAUUACUACACAAAUAAAAUACCUCUGUGUUUUCACAUACGGUGCAAGUACGCUACCAUGGUCCUGCAAUGUACGCGACUACACCAGUAUAAGAUACGUAAGUCAACAAACCUGUGGCUUCAACUCCGCAACAUGAAAUUCUACAGCGUAAUCACCACCGUGGUGACGAUUUCUAAGCUGACUGCAGUGGUGAGCACAGACACCUGCUCCUCACCAGUCAUUGCAUCUUGCCCACCGUCAUGGCAGCCAUGGGGGGAUUCUUGCUAUCGAUUCACUGAUGAGAGGGCUGACUGGGAUCAGUCCAAGUUGGCUUGUCAGGCCAUUGGGGGAAUGAUGGGUGUGCCACAUUCACAGGAGGAAAUUGAAUUCAUGAUGCAGAUGGCCAGAAGGGAGAGUAUCACACAUUUCUGGAUUGGAUGCAGUGAUACAGAGAAAGAAGGAACAUGGGUGUGUGAAGGACAAGGAAAAGGUGAGCCAUUCUUCAACUGGAAGCCUGGAGAGCCCAACAAUGCAGGUGGUAAUGAAGAUUGUGUUGAAAUCAGGCUCGAUAGGAUAGGCAGUAUGAAUGACCGACCAUGCAACACGUCAUUCAGCGCUACCAGUGUCUGUGCGCAAAGACAAGCCAGUUGCCUCUCUUGUUCAACUGAACCUGCAUGCAGUUCUCAUCCACACCCAGCCCGUCACUACUGCUUUGCUGCAGACACCAAGGGAAAGCUUCUCAACUCCUGCCUUCUUGGCCACGUCAUCAGAGAGUUUGUCACCAGGAAGGAACCACAGUGUGCCUUAGCCUGCAUGAAGGAGCCUGCAUGUUGCUCCUUCAACAUCAAGCACAACAACCAAGGACAGCAAAUCUGUCAACUCAACAAUGCAACUCGCUGUGAUGACCCAGCUGAGUUUCAAGACAUCCAUUCUUCCUGCAUCUAUGGCCAAGAUUGUGCCAACUAAAGUAGGCAAGAUUUCCUUCAUUGUUUUCUUUUCUGAAAGGCCAGAGUUAAUCUUGAAAUCUCCAAUUCUAUCAAAUGCAAAG